AUGGCUACUUUUUCAGAUUUCAUUUUUGAGGUAAAUUUGAUAGAUUUACCUUUAGUGGGAGGAGAUUAUUCUUGGUCUAAUGGUAGAUCUUCUUCUAGGUUGGAUAGGUUUCUAGUUUCGCCUUCUUGGGAGGCCCAUUUUUCUGGUUUGACCCAGAAAGUUUUGCCACGAUUGUGCUCCAAUAAUUUUCCCAUUAUGUUGGAUUGUGGAGGUUUUGCGAGUACAAGAAGUUAUUUUAAAUUUGAGAACAUUUGGCUAAAGGUUGAAGGUUUUGGGGAAAAGGUAAGAUAUUGGUGGAAUUCCAAUAAUUUUUUGGGCACUCCUAGUUUUGUUUUGGUUACCAAGUUGAAAAGUCUUACAUUAGAUUUGAUGAGAUGGAAUAAAGAGGAGUUUGGGUUGUUGGAUAUCAAGAUGAAGCGCCUUAAGGAGGAGUUGCAAACUUUGGAAGAAAAGGAGGUGCAAGGGUUGUUUUUGGAAGAGGAAAGAACCAGAAAAUUAUGGGUGGUUUCUGAUUUGGAAAACUUAGCACUAAUGGAAGAGAUUUCAUGGAGGCAAAAAUUGAGGGUGUUGUGGCUGAAGGAAGGGGAUAGGUGUACCAAAUUUUUUCAUGAAAUGGCGAACACUCAUAAAAGAUAUAAUGCAAUUGAGUUUCUUCGUGACGGGGACAGGUUGAUUAAGGAUCAAGAAGAUGUUAAGGCUCACAAUGUGCAUUAUUAUGAGUAG